GUACCUGGGUCGUAUAUGGAAUUGUUCAAAGACAUAAGAUACAGAAGAUAUAGAAGAUACACAGGAUACACAGGAUAUUACAAAAACCAUCAUCAAUAAACGCGAGGCUACCACAGACUCGCAGAGCCACCCGCGAUGGAUCCUUUCUUACCAAACCAAGAACCCGACGAGGGUUAUUCCGAGCAUCCCCUUAAUCCCUCCGAUUCAGGUAGCCACGCCAACAAUGCGUCGCUGACGGCAAUACGACCAGCUGCCGACAUACCGGCAUGGCUGUCGGCUCAAUUACCCACACUGUCCGUACAGCAGAAGACUCGUCUCGCGAUGCUAAUACUAAACGAAUUGCCUACUACCGUGAUCGCCGAUAUCGUCAUGAACGGACUAAAUCCUCGCCUCUACAUUAACUUCGUCGAACGUCUACCACCGGAGAUAUGUCUCAAGAUUCUAGGCUAUCUAGACCCCGUUUCCCUGAUCCAUGUUGCGAUGUGUUGCCGAGGAUGGUAUAAUUUGGCUUUAGACCGCAAACUUUGGGAGCGACUAUUCUAUUUGGAAGGGUGGAAGGCCAUACCAUCCGAGAUUACGGCUGCGGAGCAGAGGAUGAACGAAACUCAAGUCCCAUCUCAGAAGAUAGAAUCGUUCGAAGACGGCCAUGCGAAUAAAAAGCGAGCUGUCUCGGAACCGACGACCCAGGACGAAGAUUAUGAUAUGGUCGACGCCGAUGCGGCCGUGGCGCAAGAGUCCAUGACUGAACAGUACAAUAAUCUAUCCCAUGUUCCUCGGCCUGGGGAGAGUGGCUCUUCUGUUCAGAGUAACACGAGCGUUAUCCAGCAUAUGGGUAACCUGAUGAUGAAGUCGCCCAGCCCUAUGCAAGACCAAAGAGGGCAAUCCGCUGCCCGAAUAUCCAAAGGCAAAGGCAAAGCAACCAUCGAGUCGCUUAUCGAACCUACUACGAGCUUACCAAGCUUACCAAAAUCUGCACUUUGGAUAUAUGAUUCAAUCGAUCGCAGAUACAAGAUUAAUUGGAAGUACUUAUAUACGGUGAGACGAAGGCUAGAACGCAAUUGGGACCGUGGUCGGUACACGAACUUCCAGUUACCUCAUCCGGACCAUCUAGACGAAGGACACAACGAAUGCAUUUACAGCAUCCAAUAUAACCCGGACUAUCUUGUCAGUGGUAGCCGAGACCGUACACUGCGAAUAUGGAACUUACGUACCCGACGUCUUGUACGACCGCCUCUUAGGGGUCAUCAAGGAUCGGUUCUCUGUUUACAAUUCGACUCAGAUCCCGAGGAGGACCUUAUUGUCUCUGGCAGCAGUGACUCGGACGUAAUUUUGUGGAAAUUUUCCACUGGUGAGAUUAUCCAGCGACUGAAGAAGGCUCAUAGGGAGUCUGUUCUCAAUGUCAAGUUUGACAAGCGGAUCCUUGUGACAUGCUCUAAGGACAAGACAAUCAAGAUUUUCAAUCGAGUUCCUUUACGACCCGGCGACUUGGGAUAUGGCGGAUCGCAAGGUGUUAGUCCCGUACCGAUAAACCUGAGGAACUUUGGUUUCGAUGACUCGCCUAUGAAUCAGGCUGCUAUCAAACCACCGUACACGAUGAUCGGAUGCCUUGAGGGACACGGUGCAGCCGUAAACGCUGUCCAGAUUUGUGACCGCGAGAUUGUCUCAGCAAGUGGCGACAGACACAUUAAAGUAUGGGACUGGCCGAAUCAGACAUGUCAGAGGACCUUCCUUGGCCAUAAUAAGGGUAUUGCCUGUGUCCAGUAUGACGGUCGACGCAUCGUGAGCGGAAGUAGCGAUAAUGAAGUAAAGGUUUUUGACCGAGAAACGGGCCUCGAAGUUGCUAGUCUCCGGGCACAUGGUAACCUCGUCCGUACGGUGCAAGCUGGGUUUGGUGAUCUUCCUUAUAGCAUUGAGCAGGACCGGUUGGAAGCGAAGGCUGUCGAUCAGGCAUAUUUUAAGGCUUUAAACGCUGGUAACCUCGAUCAGGAGGCCCAGUCGUUGAGGCGUCGACCACAUAACGCGGGUAGUCGCCGGCCUGAGGAUAUCACUGCAUACGGAGCCACACUUCCUCCCGGCGGUGGUGGCGGUCCUUACGGGAGAAUUGUUUCCGGUUCUUAUGACCAAAGCAUUAUAAUCUGGCGGAGAGAUAGAGAGGGUGUCUGGAAGAGUGCACACACACUUCGCCAGGAAGAAGGCGCGGCAGCAGCCCUAAGACAGACAUCUUCUCAUUCUGCUUCUCGAGCAGUACCUACAUCAUCCAACCAGCCUUCUACUCUUAAUGCAGCGGCGCUUCCUUCAAGCGCGCCCCCCACAACACAAGCACAUCCUAACUUUACUCACGUCGAACACCCUAUCCUUGCUACUAUUACCCCGCAAACGACAUCAUCCUACACGCAAAUGAUCGAUGCUUGCGUCCCGCAGGGACCAGCUGCCCUUCAGCAAGCGUUGGCUUCCUACCCGACCAUGUUAACAUACCAAUUUCACAUACAAUCGGCCAUUAGUCGUGAACCUAAUGCUAUAGUUCGCUCCCAGCUGAGGCAAGUCGUGCACAAUGCUGUAAACAGAGCACAGCUUGCCCAAAAUCGCAUCAGAGAAUCCGUGCAACAAGCCCUCUCGGCAACUACGACUCCCGGAGAGACGUCAACUCAAUCAUCCAACCAGCAUAAUCCAGCCAGCACUUCCAUAACGGGACAUGUUGCAACUAGCAGUGGUAGUGGCGGUGGUCCUCCUAAUAUUACGCCUCACACCCAGCAUCAGGUUCAACAAGCGCUGCCUCAAGCACAGAUUACCGCACCUCAAUUGGCGGCCCAAAUACAGGGUCAACAACAACACCCCCAUAUUUCACAGGCGGAUACAAGCCCUGCUAGAAUAUUCAAAUUGCAGUUCGACGCCCGACGGAUUAUUUGCUGUAGUCAGACAAGUACCAUCGUGGGUUGGGAUUUUUGCAACGGGGAUCCAGAGCUCGAGGAGGCAUCCGCAUUUUUCGGAACUGUGGAGUAAAAAGGGUGAAAAGGCUGUAUUGUUUACGGGAUAAAUGUGUACAUGACGGAAUGAGUAUGCAGAGCUCGCGUUCAAGUAGCAUCGAUAUAGGAACGUCGGACUAAAUAGAGUAAUAAUGAUAAAAGAAGGAAAAAACA